ACUACAUUUGUACAAAUGUAGACAUCUCAUUGUACACUCUUCCUCCCUCUUCUCUAAAUAAGAGAGGAAGGGCGAACGAUAAUAUCUCACUACACAAAUUCAAAACCUACGCGUUCGUUUUAAUGGCGCAUUCUUCCUCUCUCUACACUCUCUGCAAACCGCGCUCAAAACCAUUAUCCAUGUACGCGAUUAGGUAUCCAGGUUCUGCUAAGCGGCUAUAUUAGAGAGAGAGAGUGGAUGAAUAAAUUGAGAAAACAUCAAACCCACCAAUCUAUAUACUCGUGAGAGAGGGAGAGAGCCCACAAAUGCACCGACAUGGACUUGUGUUUCAGCUUCCAAGACGAUGGUGAUUGGACGGACCCGGAUUUCAUAGAAGCUCUGUUUCGUAAAGAAAAGGAGCUCAUUGCUGUAAAGAAAGCUACACAACCUCCUCCUCCUCCUCCACCUUCACCUUCUCUCACAUCACUUCUCAUUCCUACGAAUCCUACCCCAAAUGAUCACCAAAACUCAACACAAGUACCCAUAUUAGAUGAUUUUAGUACUGGCUUCUCUCCCCCGAGGGAACUUUCACAGAGUUUUAAAGAGAUUACCAAAGGAAAAGAACCCAAAAAGAAGAACAAUGGUUCGUGUUUUGGUGGGGCUGGAUUGGGACCAAGAAAUGGGGGCCGUGGUCGAGUUGGGUUUGAGGGAAAGGAGAAGGACAUCGAAGCAUUGAAGGCAGAGUCGAGAUGCCUCUCUGAGCAACUUGCUCAUCGGGACCAUGAGUACAAGGAGCUUGUAAAAAGGAGAGAUGAGAAGGAUGAGCAGCUCAGAAAUGCCUUAUCCCAAACUGCGGAAAAGGAAGCAGAAAUCCAGCGACUAAAGAGGACAAGCUUACAAACAGAAGCUUGUGGGGAAGAAUCUUGUCGGGUUUCUUUGCCAUUGCCUCCCACAGGCAAUUGUCAUGACCAGAUUGGGCCUGGAUAUCCUGUUACUGAUAAUAUCAGCAUCACUGUUAAUACCCCAUGGAUUAGAGAGGGGACAUCAAAAAGAUUGUCUAGGACGAACAUGAGCAGUUUAGAUACAUCAAUAGGAGAGCCUUCUUCACGGUCUCAGUUGUUUGACAGUCAUGGUCCUAAUAGAAAGGAUUCUACACCCAAUUUAUCUGCUGGGUUGGAAUUAAAAAGCCGGCAUCUAGUUGAAAGUGCUUCAAGGCCAAGUCAUGGCAUUUACGGCCCUCAGGCACAAGACAAUAUCUGCCCAGAGACUAGUGCACAACCAAAGCGCACUGAAGCAAUAGGAGUUCAGACUGAUAUGGAUUUGGGUGAUUGUCAGUUUGGAAGGAAUGAUGACCUCUCUGAGAAGUAUGAAAUCCAAAACAAGUUGCUCCAAAUCUGGCACUCCCCGACUGAUAAUAGAUCAGGGCAUAACUUAGUGUCAAAGUUGUUUGUGACUUGUGCUACAGAUUUGCAUGUGCUUUUUAGAUGCAUGACUAAUGUCUCCUCCGAUAAUUUAGACCCUGUGGCUAAAGGAGGUGGUUCUGGUCAAUCGGUUGAGGCUGCAAAAGUGUGUCGUCUUUAUGCAAUAUUAACUAAAAUGAAUAAUGAGAUGGCUGGGCUAGAUUCUUUGGUGGAUGCCAUACUUGACCUAUGCAACUUUGAAAAUGUUGAUGUUGUCUGUAGCUCACUACGUAUUCUGCAUUUCAUCUUGCACUACAUUCUUGCUUUUGACACGAAAUAUAUGAAAAGGAGCAAUGAUGAGGUGGGUCAUCGCCAAGAUUCAAAUUCUCUGAAGGAAAAAAGAGAGGAGAAUUUUGAGAAAUGGAAAGAGCGCUUCAGGUUUAUAUUUGGCCCAGAGAAAGCAUCCUCUUUAGAUUAUUUUUCUCCAAGGGUGAAGUGCUCAGAUUUUGAAGCUCCAUUCAAGAACAAGCGGGAAAAUCUGAGCAACAAUGUAGAUGUAUUCUCUAUAAAUUGGAUGAGUUUAUUUGAGAAAUUACAUCAAACUGCUGUGGCAAAUACGAGUCAGAGUGUACAAUUGGAAGCAAUAUCCAUAAUGAACUUGGUUGUGAUGAGAAGUGAACCCAACAUGGAAAGGGAGACCUUUGGGACUGUAUCAAUGUUCGAGAACAUCUCAAAGCUUUUGAAGAUGAAAGCAGCAAUCCUUGUUCGGUUGCAGGCGGUUCGACUACUUUUUCUGCUAUUGAAUUGCCCAGGGCUCCUGAAACUCUUUAAUGGUGGAUCUGCAGAUGAUUCGCAUCAUGGUCCAGAAGAUGCUUCUAGGAUACUCGUCUGUGUUCUAGAAGGCUUGGCAGAGUGCUUGUGUUGUGAUGGGAAUGGGACAAAGGAGUGCAUACUUCGUAGGCAUGCAAUCCAUGUCAUGGCAUUUAUUGCGGCUUCUGGGAAAAGUGGCACUGGAAUUUUAUUAAAUUGUGCAAUUUCUAUCAAAGUCAACUUUUUAGAGUCACUCUUGAAGAUAUUGACAUCGGAACUGGACUCUGAAGAAGCAGAAAUAACUGCAAAUGUGUCACCCAAAGAGAGGACAUUGCUUAUUCGAGAAGCUUUAAUUCUUUUGUGUCGACUGGUUUCUAACCCCACUUACUCUAAGCUUGUUUUGGAGAGCUUAACAAGCAGCCGAGAAAUGUCAAGAUCAGCCAUUGAUAUAACAAACCGGAUCACCAGAAAACGCAGAGAUGACCGUAGAUCGGCAAACCAGGGUGACAUUGUAGACUUAGCUCGUGUAUUUAGGGCAAGGAUUUUGCCUGCACUAGAUACCUCUAUAAUUCAAAAUCAAUGUGCUUAUGGCUAGUGUGGUGGGAUGUAAGAGAUACUGACUAAAUUAAUCCAGACCAUUCAGGUCGACGCUGAUAUUGGAGAUGGAAUGUGAUGAUGUUGGACUGAUCA